AUGCCUCAGCUCCUACAAGACAUCAUUUGUGUCAUCGAGACUUUCCAAAAAUAUGCAAGAGAGGAGGGUGAUUGUUGGACACUAAGCUCGAGUCAGCUAAAGCAGCUCUUCCUGGGGGAGAUUGGAGACUUUCUGAAGGCAUUUGAUAUUCUUACUGCAGGCACCAAUUUGAAUCUUCUGGACAGAGAUGGCAAUGAGAUCAUCAGCUUCGAUGAAUUUAUCCUCCUGGUCUUUGACUUGUUGAACAUAUGUUACCGGGAUAUACGGUCUUUCCUAAAUCUGAAACCUAAAGCAGAAUCUGAUGCAGAGGAGGAGUUGUCAGGGGACAUGGAAGCAUGUGAGACCAGUGAACACUACCAAGAAGAAGGAUCAGGUCAGUAUGAGCAGAGACUGACAGGAACUGAAUCUCCAUCUCUGGUCAACCCCAUAGAAAAAGUACCUGACACACUAACCAAGGAGGACCCUCAGGAUGACCUUGAGACUCCCAGAUUCAUGGGAAGAGAAGUUGAACACAUCCACUCUAAGAAUCAAUCCCAAAGUGAAGGAGAUGAACAGAGCCCAGAAAGAACUCAAGUCCAGACAACAGGAGGUGAUCAAGUCCCACCUGAAGAAAAAAGGCCACCAAAGGAAUUUGUGAAGAGAGCCUGUUCUCAAAAGGAGAAGAUUGUAAGUGAGGGACAUGAAGUACCCAGAGAGCAAGGUGGCAGGAACACAAGGGAUCAGCCAUUGGAGCAGGAAGGGGAACAAAACAUGGAGAUUCAGAGUGUACGCACAGAAGAAGGAGCAUGGAGAACAUCUGAGAGUCAGGAAGGGACCAUCAUAAAGGAGGUUGGGGAACACACUGAGACACAAGAACCAUCAUCCCAAGAGAAUCAUGAGAGAAAAUCAGAGACAGCUGACCUGUCAAUGGAGAGGGCUGAGGAAAAACUAUCUGAAACCAAGAGAUUACCAGAAUAUAGGGAUGAUGAUGGAACUCCAGAUAUCCGAGAACCACUAGUACAGAGCAAAUAUGAAACUCAAGACAUACUAGCCAAAGGUAAUGACAGUAGAGUACCAGAGACAGAAGUACUUGUAGAUGAGAGGAAAGCAAAGAGAAAACCUGAGAACUCAGAAACAGUUGGGCAAAAAGAAAAUGAGGAAGACAAUCAAAUGGAAACCCUCACUGAACAAGAGCCUGAUGGGAAGGAAAAGCAACUUGAGGGACUAGCAGAAGAAGGAAACAUUGGGAAAGACUCUGUAACCCCAGACUUAAAAUCAGGAGAUGAUCAGAACCACCCUGAACAUGAAGGACCAGCAGCCUCAGAGGAAGUCAUAGUUUCUGAAAUAAGUGAACCAAAAUUCUCAGGAAACAACAGUAGUGCCUCUGUGGUAGAGAGAACACCAGAAACAAAAGAUGGGGUGCAAGGAUCAGGACCACAAGAUAACCAGUCUGGAGGAAAAGAUGGGAGUAUCACUCAGACUCUGGACCAAGCAACUGAGCUAUAUGAUGGACACAAGGUGAAGAAUCAGAAUAAUCCAGGAGAUGAUGAGAGUGGCUCGGAGCCAAGGGACCUGCCUGCACAAAGGAACUGCCAGAGACAAGUGGAUGCCCUGGAACAGCCUGACCAAGAAGACAGCAAGAAUCUCCAGGAAUCCCCAGUGCUAUGUGACAAAAGCAGAAGCCCAGAAACAGAGGUGCCAAUAGACAGAGAACACAAUAAGAAUACCACAGAAGAACUAGAAGAGCUCACCGAAGAAAAGAAGAAAUCAUCAGUGGCUAAAGCUAAAACACCAGCCACAACUGAGAAAUCUGAGAGUCAGCAAGGGGCUCAGGAAUCCAUGAAAGAAAAGAUAACAGCAACAUGCCCAAAGACAGAGAUCACAGAUCCUACAGAUGAUGAUGAUGGGAAGCUUUCCAUAGUACAGCAAUCAGAGAAAGAAGACCAAGGGAAAGACCCUGAGGCUCAUGGCCCAGAUGCAAAAGAAGGCAAAGAGUCUGAGAGCCAGGAAGCCCCAUUAGAAGGUCGGGACCCAGAAACACAAGAUCUCACCCUGGAUUCAAGUCCUGAUACCCUGAACCCAGUGACAAGGGAAGACAUGAGCCCCCAGAGGCUAGCAAGAAAAGUUAGUGAACAACAUGUGGUGAAAAAAGAGGAUGAUUCUUUGCCAGGGCUCUCAGAGCAGAUAGAGAGGAAACCCAGAGAUGCAGAGCCUUGCUCAUCCUCAGGAGAUGAGGUACAUUCCAACCCAAUACAUGAAAAUUUACAAACACCUGCACAGCCUGACCUCCCAGCCCCAGAGGAGCACCUAGGUAAAACUGAUACAACUCAGGUCGAUGGCCCUGAGUUGAGGGUCGAGAGAGAACCUCAGAGGAGUAAGACCUCUGAGCACCCAGCCCUCCUUAAUCCACUCUGUGACUAUAGACAAGAGCCAAAGCAUCAAAAAGGGGACCCUGAGCCUGAUGAAGAAUAUGGCAACCAGCAAGAGAUCCAAGCAUCUCAGUCACAGGAAGAUGGCCAGCCUCAACAAGAAGACCAACAACCACAAAGGGAUGGCAGCCCAAAAAAGUGCUAA